AACUGCAUUAAAUAAACUUUUGAGGCGAAAAUGCUUGUAAAACAAAAUAAUUUGCGUUGUUCAUCACUGAUUAAAGGGUGUUUUAGUUGUUUUAAAUUUGUAUUAAUAUGAUAAUAUAAACCAUGUUUUAACAGGAAAUAUACAACUUGGGAGUGCAAAAUGAAGAGUCUUAAAGUACAAGUGAGAAAGAUGAGAACAGUUUGGAUUAAGCAUAAACUCGUUCUCUUGUUGGUGUGUGUUCUAAUCAUGUCGUGGAUUUCUUUCUCCACGCUGAAUCUACAACUUCACCAGAAGGCCAGUUACAGAAUUAUUACACAGAAUCCACUUAGAAUUCAAGAUCGUGGUGUCAUAGUACCGGCUCACAACAACAAUAAUAAUGCGCGUUCGUAUUCUCCAACUGUAGUAGAAAAAAUAAAACACAUAGCAAAAUUCAUACAAACUGCUAAAAAGCAUGUAAGAGGUUCUAAAACAUCAGAUUCUUUAAAACAAGCUUUAGAAACAAUGGACUCUGUGCUGGUAGAAUUAGGAGUAAAUCCAGAAACUCUAUAUAGCCGACCAAUCAACAAACCUAAGAACGUAUGUCCAGAAAAGUACAUGGGAACUACAUUCGGUUAUCCAUUCUUUUACAAAGGAUUCGAAACCACAAACUGCACUCAUGGAAUUCCUAUUUGGAAGCUUGUAACACUUAUAAAACAUAUUACCAUUCCUCAACAAAACUUUGAUUCCUCAAUUGAGGAGAUCAAAACCUUUUUGUCAUCUAUUUAUAAAACUUAUUCUAAUUUCAAAGUGAUCUUAUCCGUGGACAAUGUUAAACUAAUGGAGAACAUACAAGGGACAUAUCCAUUAUUAUCUGUGAUAGACAGUAAUGGUGUGACGGAAGGAGCGGCUUUAAACAUGAUUGUUAACAAGGUUACAACACCCUAUGUAUUUGUAGCAAGAAAUGCUCAACUUUUUACAAAUGAUUCUCGGUUAGACAGGCUUAUACGAGAAAUAGAAAUAAUUGGUGUUCAAGUUGCUGGAGCAGCUAUUAGGGAUCCCGACGGACAUUGGAAGAAAGGAUGUUUCCAGGCAGUGUAUAGAAACGCUACAUUAAAGUAUUUAGAGGGCUACGAUGAGUCUCUUCAUGAAUGUCUAUUCUGUGAUUAUAUAUCAGGUCCUUUUGUAAGUUCAAAAGCUUACUUGCAAAGUAAAACAUUCGAGGAUUUGAAUGCAGCAGACGGUUUAUAUGAAGAAUGGUUUCUCAGGAUAUCACAACAAUCUGAUGAAAGUAUUAUCUGUCCAGAUUCAAUGUAUCAUGUUAAAUCACUGCAUACUGAUUUAUAUGGUGAACUUAAAUUGUUUAUGAGAAAAUGGAAUUUAUUCAAAAUUGUGACACCUAAUGGAAUAACUAUACAGCGAUCAUGUGCAAAUGAAUUAACUCGUAAACCAGGGUCGAAGGCAUUGCCUCCGUGUUCUGGUCAAUUCAAUGCCGAUGCCGUAAAAGCUGUAUUAAAAUCAUGCGAAGAGGCCGGAAUCAUAUGUGAGCUGCAAGAAGGCACGGCUUACUUGGGGCGGUAAAAUUCGGUAAAACUCUUCCAUGGGAAAGAGAUGCAGACAUUACUUUU